GUCCGUACCCAUCUGGCUCCAAGGUGCCAUUCAUCUUCCGAGAGCCCCGCUGCAGCAGCCACAGCUCCCUCCCCUCGUUGCAUUGACAUGUCCUACCGUUUUGGUGGGGGCCACGGCGGAGGCCUCGGCGGAGGCCUCGGCGGAGGCUACGGCGCCGGCGGCGCCUACGGCUCCGGCGCGUAUGGCGCUGGCGGCGCCGGGUGCUGCGGCACUGGCGGCGCGGUCGCGCCGUACGGCGCCAGCGGCGCGUACGGGGCCGGCGGCGCGUACGGCGCUGGGGGCGCGUACGGCGCCAGGGGCUCGGACUGCUGCGGCACGGGCUCAGGCUGCGGCGCGGGCUCAGGAUGCGGCUCCGGCUCCGGCGGCGGCACGAUCCUGAGCUACGUGGGCCCGGGUGGCGACUACGUCCAGGAGACCAGCUACAGGUACGUCGGUAUGGGCGCGGGCGAGUUCGGGGCGGUCCGGAUUCCCGGCCGCGGCCCGAACUUCUGCUUGAUCUGCCUCGUGCCCCUGGGGCUGUCGCUCCUCCUGCUGCCCCUCCUGCUCUUCGCUAUGGCGCCGGGCUCGACGACGACCACCACCACGAUGACGACGACCACCGCCCCACUGAUCAUCACGACCACCCCGCCGCCUGACACCACCACUGAGAGGACCACCACCACGAAGGCCACGACGGCUGCGCCGCCGCCGCCCCCACCGCCGCCGCCGCCUCCGCCGCCCCCCCCGCCUAAGCCGACUGAGCCGCCGACCACCGAAAAGAAGAUCAACUGCGGCGAGGGUGAUGUCGUGUCUUGGGACGUGCCCAAGAAGGUGUACUGCUGCCUGCACGAGGGCAAAGGCUGCCCGACGACGCCCGCUGCGCCCAGCACCAUGCCGGCGCCGGUCGUGCCCGCCGCGCCAGUGGUGACAACGGCGAUGAGCACCACGUCCCCGUGCCCGAUCGAUUGCAACGCCGGCUACAACGACCUCGACCCUUUGCAGUGGGUGCGCGGCUGGUCUGGCGAGAAGAAGAUGUACUGCUGCAAGACCGCCAACAAGGGCUGCCCCUCGGAGCUGCCCCCGCCCUCGGGCCUCCCGCAGGGCGACGCGCCCCCCGAGGAUGACAAGAGCCAGUACGACUGCGACGCGGGCUACCACCACUGCAUGCACUGCCUGGAGUUGUCGUGGUCUCCGAAGAAGAUCUCGUACUGCUGCGCGAAAGAGCACAAGGGCUGCAAGGGCGAGGAGCCGGAGUGAGGAGGCCACUCGCCAGAGCCGCCUCCGCCGAUCUCCAGGCAGUGGCGGGGUGACCUGGCCUGCCUGAAUUGGCCUGCCAGAGAAUGUUCUCAGCUCUUCUCGUGCUUCGGCAGCAAUGGUCUUGCACUUCGGGAAGAAAUGAACACGUCAACUCUGGAUGUCUCCAUAAGCGAGGGGGGUACCUCCCCCGACGGGGGUCAACCUCGCCUCGUCGUCGCGCCUCGACGGGGGUCGGAGCGCCUUCGGCGCGCGGUGGCUGCCCGCGACGGGGGUCGAUGCGGGGCUGUCGGCGGGGAUGGCGCCUCCCCGACGCUUCUUGAGAAACUCGGAGUAUGUUUGCACAGUUCUUUCUUCCU